AUGAGUCAAUUCAAAGCAAAUUGUAGUGGUGGUAAUUUCGGUGGUGAAUUGGGUCUUUCUAAUGGGCAUGGGUGUAAUGGUAGCCAAAUUGGUGUUUCUAAUAAUAAAGAGUCUAAUGCUUCUCAAUUAGGUAAUUUGAUUGGCCUAGGUGUUCAACAAUUUCAACUCCAACUAGAGGCAGAUACCAACAUUUCUUCAGAUCACAAUCCAAUUCAACGAGAACUUGAACCUCAUAAUGAACAAGAGCCCUACCAUGUAUUGUGGACGGAGACAAGUAAGAUGCAUCAAGUUUCUUCUUCGACAGUCCCCGAACCUCAUACAACGGACAUAGAUGAAAACUCCUUCCCUGGGGGUGAGAGUGAUUGUUGCUCGGCGAUUGAAUGUGACAAUGAGCUCAAGGUUGUUGCUAAUGGUAAAGUGUACUUGAGUGAAGUUUGUUAUAAAGAAGGGAUUUCAGGAGUAUAUGGAUUUUGUGACACCAAUGUUCUAAGUCCUUUGACACCAACGACAACAGAAGAAGGAGAUCCACGAUCUGAUUAUUUGGCUUGUAUCUUUGCAUCUAAUGAUGGCAAAAAUAUCAAUCAACUCUUUUUUGCACCAUAUAAUGAGAAUAAACAUUGGAUGUUAGCUGUUAUUAGUCCUUGGAACGGAUUGGUGUAUUGGUUAGAUCCAGCAGGAGUAGAAAAUGAAGUUCGACCAUUUGCUAAAAAGAUCAUCAAUGAGGGAAUUAUCAAAUUUAGCACGUACCAUCGAAAAGAUAUCAAGAAGAUCAAAAAGAAUCCCGAAAUUAGAUGGAAUCAAAUAGAGUGCCCUCGUCAACCGCUUGGUACUCUGUACUGUGGAUAUUAUGUGUGUCGCUACAUGCUUGGGACGGUACAGUUGAGACGACUAGUUAUUCCUGAUAAGUACUAUCAAGGCAUUGGUCCAAACUAUUCUCAGGAGAAAAUUGAUGAACUAAGGGAGUUGUGGAUUACAUAUGUCGGAGAUCAACACGAAGCACAAAUGAUGAAUGAGUUAUAACUUUCCGCCUAAAUUUUUUAACCUUAAUCCACUAUUGGACAUACAUUAUAUUUUUGGAUUUGGAUAUUGAUAUCAUGUGAAUGUGGCUAUAUAUAGGAUAGAUUUGAUUUUUGUUUAUGAUUUAGAUUAAUAUUGAUAUGUAUAUAUAGUAGUUUUUUUUAGAAGUUUAGAUUUAUGAAUAUUAGUUGAAUUAUU